AUGGGCGAGCAUACGGUUGUGAAUGCGAGUCAACGGCGAAAACCUAAGGUGGUUGACCCAACUGGAAAGAAGCCUGAGAUGGUCGGGUCCUCGUCGUCAAUGACGACAGAUAAUGAUAAUGUGAUGAUGGUGGUGGAGCAUGAAGAAGAGGAUGAGCAAGCACCUCUAAUAGGGUUGGGAGAGUGCCGUAUUUGCCAAAAAGAGGAUUCUUUCAACAACUUGGAGAGUCCUUGUGCUUGCAGUGGAAGUCUUAAGUAUGCCCACAUAAAAUGUGUACAACACUGGUACAAUGAGAAGGGAGACAUAACCUAUUAG